UAUUCAGAUCUACGUCCAGAUGGCGGCUGUAACGGUACUUGCAGCGUCUUCAGUUGAAAUCGACAUUUUGUGUAUUUCGUGUGAAAUUUGCUUCGUUUCUUCCUUUGUAUUAUCUGUGUUUUUCUAUACGUAAUUGUCAAUUGCAAAAUGAAUGUGAGCAACCUAAAACGAGAACUGAGCUCGAUGAAAAUACAAUUAUCACAAAUGACCAACAUGGUAAAAUGUGAGCAGACCAAGAAAAAUAUACGCGUGCGAAAGAAGUGCAGCGACGAUGAGGAAAAUAUCUUGAGCUCAGACGAUGAGGAACAAAAGCAAGCUCAACGAUUGAUUGGCAUUAUGCGCGAAUUGCCGCACUAUGAGCCAAGUCAAAACAUGUUGCACUCCAUGAACGUUGACUUCGACGACGAAAGCCUAGCAGUAGAGAGUACAAAUUUUCGCACUUACCUAGAGACGCAACAAUUAGACUCUGAGAAUGUUUGUUCCGUGUUGAGCACACUAAUUAGCAUAGAGGAUGUCUCAAACAUGCAACUUUAUGCCCAGCUCAUGCAACCCAAUGUGUUUUUGAGGAAAGUCAACAAACUAUGCUAUAGUUUUGUGCUCCGCGGUAACACGCAAAUCAAUGCAGAAGAUGUGGUAGUCCCAAAUGUGGACGAAGCCGUACUUAUACCCAAGGCUAGCUUGGAAGAAUCUCCUCUGUCCACACAACCCAUUCUGGCACUUUUACCGCACAAGCACGAAGCUUUGCCAUUGAAGAAUCCGAUGCGUCGUUAUGUUGCCACCGUUGAACAGGUGACACGCACAUCAAUUCAACUGAAAUUCAAACGAGGAGGUGUUCGAGGCGACUUAACUAUCACAGAACGUUACUUUGUAAUUCUGCGUUCUCGUCGCACAUCGUUUCGCUUCAUGUAUCGUGCGAUGCAGCUGCUGCAAGAGAGUCCUUGUUUACGCCGCUAUUUGUUUCCCAACAAAACGCUGCAAACGGUGGUUUCCAAGGAGAAGUCAUCAUCUAAUGUGAUUCUCUUUAACCCUUCCAUUGUCUCUAACAUGGAGCAGCUGCAGGCAGUAGAUCAGAUCGUUGAUGGCCCCAGUACAGAAGCGCCCUAUAUUAUAUUUGGACCGCCAGGCACCGGUAAGACAACAAUCAUUGUCGAGGCCAUUCUACAGUUGCGACUUCGAUAUCCGCGAAGUCGUAUUCUUGUUACCGCCGGUUCGAACUCGGCCUGUGACACAAUUGCUGUGAGAAUAUGCCAAUAUUUCGCUAGCAAUGUACGUUUGCAGGUGCACUUGAAAAACCGGGCUAUAGAGUCGCGUUUGGUCACCGAAGACGUUGAGCUGAAUCAUCAGCUUAUUCGUCUGUUCUCGCGCUCUGUGUACGCCAAGGGUUUGAAUUCGGUGGAUCCGCUACUCCUAAUGCAUUCUAAUUGUGCCAACUAUAAAUACAAACACUUGCGUGUGGACAAACUACGCAAAUAUGGCAUAAUUGUAGCCACUCUAUGCACUGUAGGCCGUCUGGUAACAGAAAAUGUCGGUAAAUUUAAUUUUUUUACACACGUCUUCAUUGAUGAAGCUGGAGCUUCUACCGAGCCCGAGGCUCUUAUUGGUAUUGUGGGCAUUAAACAGCAGGACGCAUGCCAUGUGAUUCUGUCCGGCGAUCACAAACAGCUGGGCGCAGUUAUUAAGAGUAAUCGUGCUGCACAUCUGGGUCUGCGCCACUCACUAAUAGAGCGCCUGCUCCGAUGCGAACUGUACGCUGUGGACGCAAAUGGCAAUUAUGAUCACACAUUACAGACGCGAUUGCGUCUAAACUAUAGAUCCCAUCCGGCAAUCGUUGGACUGUAUAAUAAGCUAUAUUACAACGAUGAACUCAUAGCACAGGCGCCACCGUCACAGGUCAACCUAGCAGCCAAGUGGCGAAUGCUACCCAAUGCGGACUUUCCGAUUAUAUUCCAAGCUACGCAUGGCGUGACAAGGCGCGAAGAUCACACCACCAGUUCGCUUAAUAUGUUGGAGGCGCAAGUGGUCUGCUGGUAUGUCAAGCAGUUGCUUAGUUUCGGCCUAGGCGGAGGUAAUUGUGUGCAGCAGCAGGACAUUGGCAUCGUGGCACCGUAUGCAGCACAGUGCAGGCUCCUCAACGAGUUGCUGCGCAACCAAGGCUACUACGAUGUGGAGGUGGGCAGCGUCGAGAAUUAUCAAGGCCGUGAAAAGCCCAUUAUCAUCGCGACGCUAGUGCGUUCCUUUGCUAACAUAGGCUUCAUGCGUAAUCCACGUCGAGUAAAUGUGCUCCUCUCACGUGCGAAGUCCUUGAUGAUACUUGUUGGCAAUCCAGUAACGCUGCGUUAUCAUAGUGACAUCAAUUACGUCAUCAACCAAUGUAAGUUGCAUGGCAACUAUUUGUUCAAAAAGAAGGAUGGCCUGCAACGUCCAUGUUUCUUGAAGGAUAUGAAUUUAGAGGACAUCGAAGAAGGUGAUCAAGAUGAAUCGGACGAGGAAGUGAAAAUGUGGUAUGCAAAAAUGCCACAAGACAUUCCCAUAGCUUUUUCCAAAAGCCUACAGGAGGCAAAUACAACGAAUAACAGAAGCAGCAGCAGCAGCUGCAGCUGCAGCAAUUCGUUUGCUACUGAAUCGCUUACCGAAAGUAGCAGCUCUUGUGAAUCUUCUGGCUCCAUUAACAUUAACACCGUAUUGGCUGAAAAUGGAAAGAUUACAGUCCAUACCAACUUCUUAAGGGCCUGCGCCUCAGCAUGUAAAUUUACCAAACAAAAGCUGCUGCAGCUGCAGUAAGUUAAGACCUACAAAUUGACUUCUAUGCUGAGAGUCUUUGAAUAUACUCAUUUUCAUUAGAGAAUAUUUCAGAUAUAUCUGUAAGAAGUCCUGAGCUUAACUUUUAAUUUCGAAAACAUUAUUUUCUAAAAAACAUAGCCUAAACUCAAACUGGCAAGCCUUCAUUUUGUUUAACUGGAAC